CGAACAACAUCACAUCCCCCCAUUAAUACGACCACGCUGGAGGCGGCCUACAAGGAAUAUUGCAACCACGGCUCCCAUAUUUUCAAGAAUUUAUAUUGGGAGUCGUUGCAGAUACUCGACAUAUGUUCAUUGAGCAUCAUAGCGGUCAUACGAUCCCGCACCCCCUGAAGAGGGACAAACGGGCUCUUCCAGGCCUUAGCAAUUGUUCUAGAGACCGAAAAAAAACAAAUAGGAAGCCAACUUCUGCUGGUGAGCCAAGAGGCCCGGUAAGGGACAAUGAAGCAAAGCAUACCGAGCAUCCUGUCGUAUAGAAAGAUG